AAAGGAAAAAAACCAAACUAUCACGUGUGCCCACAUGCCACAUAUAUAGGCUACUGUAUGUCGUUCAUACGGUUCGAUUUUCGCGGUACUCUGGUAGUCAGAGAAGAAAGGAUUCAGAAACAGGAUUCACCUCAUUUUGUCGGAUCUUUACAUUCCCCUGUAAUUUUUUGGUGUUAUUUAAAUGAGUCUAUAUCCAUUUUUUUCAAGGCCAGAAUGUCUCUUCCGCGCUAUCCCCCCCAUUUCUGCACCCCGCUAGUGACGCUGUGCGGGUUUACCCCCCCGGUUGACGUCAGCGGCGUGGCCGCCUUCGUAGUAAGGAAGCGCCGACCGUUCAUUGAAAAAGAGGAUUUAAAAUCACUUAAUAUAUGUCUAGGCACCGAUGACUAGACGCGGGAAAUAAAGCAGCGUGAAAGGGAAAUAUAUCUUGCGGGAGUUUACAGUUUAACGGGUGGGAGACUGAAUGGGCGCUGGCUCCGGGCUUCGCCUGGACGAUGAGGGACAGUGGCGGCAGCCUAGCGCAGGACCGCUGGCGGAGUGAGCUGACCCUGAGGCAGAGACAGGAGGACGUCAAAGGGGGGCACCUCCUGGCCCUCGGCCCCACCUGCGCUGUCCCCAGUUCCUUGCAGCUCAGACUAGGUCGGCUAGAGCAGGAGGAGGUCUGGACAGGCGCAAGCACGGAGGAGGCGGAGGAUGAGGAAGAGCAGGAUGCAGAUGUUGAGGAAGAUGAAGGUGUUAACCUCACUGUUGAGGAGGAGGAGGGUUGGCAGGUGCCCCUGCAUCAUUUUCAAGGCAGGCAGCGGUUGCUCAGGUACGCAGCCCUGCGCUCACGUCUGGCCCUGCAGUGGAGAAUGUGGCGCCGGCGAGCCCAGAGGGCGAGGACAGCAGCUCGGCGCCGGGCCAGGGGGCGCCAGAGAGCCAGACUGGGGGUACCAGAGGAGGCGCUGCUGAACGGGGACAGUCAGUUAUGCGAUAAAUGGCCCUCUGAUGUCAACGGCUUCGCUAACCUGCCAUGGUGUGCAGACUCUCCAGAGGGCUCCAAGGGGCAUGUGUCACCCCCUGAUUUCCAGAGCCCCCCGCGGGACAGGGACUUCCCCCAAAAUCAGUUGACGGACAAACACGUUGCCUGUGUCCAAGGCCUCCUGAACGAGUUCCUGCAGCAGUAUGGGAGCCUGAUCCCCAUCCAUGUGGACGAGGUGGUGGAGAAGCUGCAGGAGAUAUUCAGCGAGAGCUUCUCGCAGCCUCACAGGAAGGUGGCAGUGCAGCAUGUGAUUCAGUCCUACCAGCGCCUGUCCGGUACGGCCAUGGUCCGAGGGUUCCAGGUCACCUACAAACGUCACGUGCUCACCAUGGAUGACCUCAGCACCCUGUAUGGUCAGAACUGGCUGAACGAUCAGGUCAUGAACAUGUACGGUGACCUGGUGAUGGACUCGACGCCCGAGAAGGUUCAUUUCUUCAACAGUUUCUUUUAUGACAAGCUGAGAACAAACGGCUACGAUGGGGUCAAGCGGUGGACAAAAAACGUGGACAUCUUCCGGAAGGAUCUGCUGCUGAUGCCCAUCCACCUGGAGGUGCACUGGUCUCUGGUCUGCGUGGACGUCCCUCACCGCACCGUCACAUACUUCGACUCCCAGCGCACCCUGAACCGACGCUGUCCCAAGCACAUCGCCAAGUACCUGCAGGCCGAGGCCGUCAGGAAGGGGAGGUGGGGCUUCGUCCAUGGCUGGAAGGGCUUAUUCAAAAUGAACGUUUCCCGGCAGAACAAUGACAGCGACUGCGGGGCCUUCGUUCUCCAGUACUGUAAGUGCCUGGUGCUGGGACAGCUGUUCAGUUUCGGACAGCAGGACAUGCCCAGGUUGAGGAGGCUCAUGUACAAAGAACUGUGUCACUGUAAGCUGCUGCCAUGAGUCGGAAAGGGGAGGUAUUGAGGGGAGGGCCAGAAGACAAUCAGAGGAGGAGAUCUCCACCAACCCUGGUGCUCCUUCACCAUCCACAGCCAGAGGUCUCCAUUCUGCAGAUUUCCUCCCCUCGUUAAAAAUAUCCCUCAUCUUCCUUUCUGCCUUUAUGACGUUUCCUCAUUGACUGAGGGCAACUGCAUCCAGCGGAUGAGCCGUUUCCCGGCAGCACAGACCGCUGAGCUGUCAGCGUCGCUCAUGGACACAUAGAUGCACAUGCUUCAUGUCAGUACCAUUUGCUAAUGAGCUGUGUGUAGCGGAAGAAGUCUGAUUGUUUCAUUAAGCAAGAAUUUACUCUCAAGUGGACCUGAGCAGUCACAUACUGUGUUCUUAAAUGGCUGAAGUAUCUGUAAGUUAUACAUUGUUAUAUACGAAAAAAUAGUAAAAAUGGAGUAUAAUCUGUUGUUUUCUAUCUUAUAUGUUGUAGUACAAGAUUACAAAUAAAUGAUUGAAUUAAAAAAGCAAUAAACUUG